AUGGGGAAUUGUUCCAUGAAGGGUACCACUGGGGAGUGUCACCACACUAUUCGGGUUAUGUGUGACACUGGUUCCAUUUUGCAGUUCAAAGCUCCUAAAACUGUGGCUCAAGUGCUUCAACAUUACCCUGGUUAUGGUAUUUUCCGACAGGGUCAUGCUUCAGAACCUUUGCCAGAGCAAGAGAGCUUAAGCUAUGGUUUUUUUUAUUAUCUUCUUCCGUUGAAGGUGAGGGAGGAACAAAAAGGUUGUUGUGGCAACGUUGGAGUUGAAGAACAUGUGGAAGGUUUUCAAAGAUCAGAGGAAGUGUGUAAGUCAGCAGCUUGUGAUUAUGUUGAGAAUUUGUCAAAUGGGUCAGCGCUUGAAGUGCUGCCAUCGGCUAAGAACGGCGUGUGGAGAGUGAAGUUGGUGAUUGACCCGAGGCAACUGGAGGAGAUUUUGUCAGAGCAGGUGAAUACUGAAGCUCUGAUUGAGAAGAUGAGGAUGGCUGCAACUGCAUGCUCUGCUACUAGUCCUUCAAGGAGUCCAACCAUGAGCACUUGGAAAGUGGGGUGGAAGACAACACUCUUCAGUGGGAAAAUUGCCAAAGACACUGCCACUGCAGGGUCAAAUUUGUGUUUGGGGCCUUGCUAG